AUGUUAUCAAGAUUCAAUGAUUCCUACAUCUCAUUAAUCAUUCUCCUUUUUAUCUUCUUCGUUUUACUGUUCCUAAAAUUUGUUGAUCGCAGACGGAAGGUUUGUUCUCGAAAAUAUUUGGAGAAAAAGCAAGAUGAGGUAAACUUCCAUUUUCACCUUUCAGGUGAAAAUGGAGUUUUUCUGAAUGAAACUUCCAAAGAUAUUGAGAGCAAACCUACUGAAGAGAUCAUUCGUGAGCGCGAGAUUCUGGCUAGGAACACAACUUUCAAUAAAAAAGUAGGCAAAUUAUUUUUCGACAAUGAUUCAGCAGAAACAUGAUGUAUUGAAAAUUCUGAAGCAAAGAUCGCCCAGGCUCCUGUUAUCAGCAAGAAGCCAAGGCUGAUACCUUCUCGUUGCAAGUUGUUAACAUUAGAGGAAUGAAUCCUCUCGCUAAAUACUUAUAACUGCGAGAAGAAGUCGAUUUCCAGGUUGGUGUGCCUUACCGAUAGAAGCAGUACAACUACGGAGUCAACUCCUCAUAAAAGAGUAAGGUUCAGCACCAAGGUAGUGGAGGUUGCUCCCCUUAAUUCCUAACCUAUAAUUUUUAUAUGUAA